UUAGUUAUCUUCCGGACGCUUAGAACACGGAACGCGCACUGUUCCCGACUGAGCUCAUCCAAUAUGCUGUGGGAAUUUCUUGCUCUCUUUGCGAUCGCCUUUGCGUUGUUCUAUCGCUGGGCGACCGCCAACAAUGAUUUCUUCAAGGAUCGGGGUCUGCCCUUUGCAAAGCCCACGCUUUACUUUGGUAACAUGGCCAGUAUGUUCCUCCGGAAGAAGGCCAUGUUCGACAUCGUCUGCGAUCUAUACAACAAGGGUGGCAGUGCCAAAUUUUUCGGUAUCUUUGAACAGCGACAACCACUCAUAAUGGUACGCGAUCCAGAUCUUAUAAAGCAGAUUACCAUCAAGGACUUUGACCAUUUUAUUAAUCACCGCAACGUAUUCGCCACGAGCAGCGACGAUGAUCCCCAUGAUAUGAGUAACCUCUUUGGGAGCUCGCUGUUCUCCAUGCGAGAUGCCCGCUGGAAGGACAUGCGGAGUACUUUGAGUCCGGCUUUUACCGGCAGCAAGAUGCGGCAGAUGUUCCAAUUGAUGAAUCAGGUAGCCAAGGAGGCCGUCGACUGUCUGAAGAAAGAUCAGCCAUCUCUGCAGGAGAUGGAUCUGGAUAUGAAGGACUACUGCACUCGUUUUACGAACGAUGUUAUCGCUUCAACGGCCUUCGGCCUGCAGGUUAAUUCCUUCAAGGAGCGUGAAAACACUUUCUAUAUGAUGGGUAAAAAGUUGACCACAUUUACUUUCCUGCAGAACAUAAAGUUCUUAUUAUUCUUUAGUCUGAAGAAGCUGAACAAGAUUCUUAAAAUGGAGCUUUUCGAUAGAAAGAGUACCCAGUACUUUGUGCGCCUAGUACUAGAUGCCAUGAAAUACCGCCAGGAACACAAAAUAAUCCGUCCGGAUAUGAUCAACAUGCUGAUGGAGGCGCGCGGUCUGCUCCAGUCGGACAAGGCCAAGAGUGCACCAACUCGGGAGUGGAGCGAUCGCGACAUAGUGGCUCAGUGCUUUGUAUUCUUCUUUGCCGGCUUUGAGACCUCGGCGGUGCUUAUGUGCUUCACCGCCCAAGAGUUGAUGGAGAACGAAGAUGUUCAGCAGAAGCUGUACGAGGAGGUGCAGCAGGUUGACCAGGAGCUUGAUGGCAAGGAAAUAACCUAUGAGGCGAUUAUGGGCAUGAAGUACUUGGAUCAGGUGGUUUCGGAGGUGCUUCGCAAGUGGCCGGCAGCGAUUGCCGUUGACCGGGAGUGCAACAAGGAUAUCACCUAUGACGUAGACGGCCAGAGCGUGGAAAUUAAAAAAGGCGAUGUCAUCUGGCUGCCGACCUGUGGCUUCCAUCGUGACCCCAGAUACUUUGAAAAUCCCUCAAAGUUCGAUCCGGAACGUUUCAGCGAUGAGAACAAAGCAGAUAUACAGCCAUUCACAUAUUAUCCUUUCGGAUUGGGUCAAAGGAACUGCAUUGGUUCUCGAUUCGCUCUACUCGAGGCGAAGGCCGUCAUCUACUAUCUCCUGAAGGAGUACCGAUUUGUUCCCGCCAAAAAAUCCUGCAUUCCACUGGAGCUAGCUAGCAACGGCUUUCAAUUGACACCCAAAACUGGAUUUUGGGUCAAACUCGUCCAGCGCAAUUAAUAUAAUUAAAUGUUUUGUUAUCUGAUGUAAAUUAAAGAUAAAAACAUUCUUGUUAACCUUUAA